AUGACAGACCUUUCUGUGGUUCUCCCGAACUUUCCUACCGAUAAAUAUGCGCGCAUCCUGCAGAUUGUCGAGAGGAGCAAUAUCACGACUGCGGAUCUGCUCACGCUCGACUCCGUUGAGUUGGCCAAACACGCUCGGCCAUUAGGAAUUGGAGACGCAAAAACUUUGUCCGAUGCAGUUCAAGAGGCAUUGCGCGCUGAUCUAGGGCUUGGGCAAAGCAAUGGAUCGUCUUCUUUGAAGAAGUCGGGGUCGCAGCUUGUGGAAUCUUGGAGCACGAUCAGCACACUUGAUGAUGAUUUGGAUGCAGCAUUGGGAGGAGGUAUUCCCACAGGAUACAUAACGGAAGUCACCGGCGAAAGGUACUACCAAGAAAGUGUUCCACCUCAGGAUAUCACUGAUAGUUGCAGCGGUGCAGGCAAGACUCAAUUUCUUCUCACUCUUCUCCUUUCUGCACAACUGCCAGCACCGCAUGGCCUUGGCGCACCUACAAUAUACAUCUCGACAGAAUCGCCUCUACCUACAUCACGGCUUUCCUCUAUGAUCAACACGCAUCCUCUUCUAUCCAGACUUGCGCCAGCCGAAAGACCUACCCUCGAUCGGGUGAUCAAUAUCUCCACUCCUGAUCUAGAAUCGCAAGAUCAUAUCCUACGAUAUCAGCUUCCAGUUGCAGUUGAGAGACAUGGUGUGAAGCUCGUAAUUCUCGACUCUGUGGCCGCAAACUACCGAGCGGAGUUCGAACGUGGUCUGGGAGGUACUGGAAGUAGCAAGAACAUGGCACAGCGAAGUGGUGAACUGAUAAAGCUUGGUGAACUUCUACAAGUGCUUGCACGGGACCAUGGGGUUGCUAUUGUGGUGGCCAAUCAAGUUGGGGACCGUUUUUCUAAUGACAGAGGAGGAAGUAGUCCUAUCAAGAGGUUGACGCAGAGCAGUCCAUUGGCAAGAAGGAACGGUCCACCAAGUUCUAUUGGUCCACCGAGUUCGGGUGCUGAGAUACCGAACGUGGAGGCUCCAUUCAGAGGCACUCCUGAUCCAAUGUCUCUUGAUCAUCAGCAAAGAUGGUUUACUGGAUGGGGUGAUGAUCCAAACCCCUCACGCCUUGCAAGCAUGAGCCUCAAGACGCCUAGUCUUGGCUUAAUCUGGACUACUCAGAUCGCAUGCCGGAUUGCCUUGAUAAAACGACCAGUUUAUGGGCCGGGUUUGGUUGGAGACGAAGAGACCGAGAGAGGUGAGCCGGUGUUGAGAAAGUGGAAACGCUGGAUGAAAGUUGUCUUUGCUCCACAUGCGAAAGCUAGUGGGCCAGGCUUGGAGGGCGCCGUCGAAUUUCAGAUUAGAGCAGAUGGGAUUGCUGCUGUGAAGAAGAAAGGCAAGGAAGUUGAUGAUGGAUAUGAGGAUGAUACCCUUGUAUAG